AUUAUGAAUAUUGCCUGACAUAAAAUUAUUCAUUUGUCAUAGAAUGGAUCCACAAUUCCUGGAAUUCUUACAAGAGCAGCGAAAGUUGAAUGACACACUGAUUGCCAAGUUGAUUGAUGAGAAGAUUGACUGCUAUGCUGUCAAUGAUAUGACAGAUGAGCAAUUGAUGAAAUAUGUGCCCAAAAUUGGUGAUCGCAUGGCAAUAAGGCAGUAUUGCAGAAGAGAAGUGGCUGUUCUGGAAGGGACCACAUCUGUUUCAAAAGCAACAGCCAGUCUAAUGUCCAAGCUCAAUGACAGGCGGAAUGCAAGAAGAAGUGCAAGAGACUUUCGUGGAGAAAAGCUGGCUGGUAACUUAAAUGCUCUAAAACCUGAGCGUGCAUUUCAAAUGGGUCUUUUUGAAGAAGACAAUGGCCGGUGCAUUCAGAUAAAAGAGAGAAGAGGAGGAGGUACCAGGCAUUUGAAGGCGCCAAAGAGUACCACAAUGGCAGAGCUGAUAGAGACUGGGAAAGAUCUUUUCUUUCCAAAUGGAAAAAGUAGGCUUGGAAAUGUCAGUGAAUUUAAAUUCACUAUGCGUGACUUUACAGAGGAAGAGCUAGAUCCAACAACCACAUUAAGCCAGCAAUAUGAGAAGCGCAAAGUUCGAAUGUUAAGAUUGUAUUUGUCAUGUAAGAAAUAUGAAUGUGACAUGACUGAAACACUUGAUAUUUCUGCAUCAAACAUUGAAUCAGAAAAUGAAUGGACACUUGAAAAUGAGUCACCACAAGCAGCACAACAAGACACUGCUUUCUCAGAUGAAACAAAUAAAGUUACUGAUACAGCUACCUCUGCCAGUGCAUCUUGGGACUCUGUGACUUUCUUUUCAUCUGACAAUGACAUGGGUGAAGAGGAACACAUCAUUCUGGUAACACAGGCAUCAGUCUCUGAUGAUGAAGAGGUAGUUAUUGGACAUGCCUCUCUUUGUGAUGGCUUUUAUGAACUUGAUGACACCCUUCCUUUGGACCCCGUUCAAGUGGAAAGUUCUUUAAGAGUCCAGAAUCCAUGCCAACCACUAAAGACCACCAAGCUAAGGCUACACAGGGGAAGUGUUUUUCAAGAAUUAAAUGCUGCCUUCAGUGAUGGUCUUGUCUCUAUUAAUGAUUGCCUUCUGGAGAUUGAAAUGAUCCAGCCCAAUGGUAGUACAGAAAAAGGUGAAGACAAUGGUGGAGUUCUGCGUGAUGCACUCAGUGAGUACUGGGAAACCUUUAUUGUGAAGUGCACCUCUGGAAAUAUUAUCAAAAUACCAGUUACAAGACAUGACAUGAAAGAUGUGUGGGAAAACAUAGCUAAAGUCAUGGUCCUUGGCUACAACAUGGUGAAAUACUUUCCUAUUGUGCUACCAAAGCCCUUUCUCUCCCACUGUCUGGGACUUGAAAUCCAGGAUGAUGAUCUAUUUUCUUCUUUUUUGGAGACCAUUCCCUCAGAAGAAAAGGAAGUAGCAGAGCAGGCUACCAAAGACUUAAAGUCUGUCUCUACAACAGAGGAAUGGCUGGAUUUCCUUGAGGCCCAUGAUGUGAAAAUUUUGGUAACAGAGGCCAAUGUCAGGAAAACCAUACUUGAAGUUGCACAUAAAGAACUAGUACAGGAUCCCGCAUACAUAGCAGAGUGUUGGAGCUGUGUUCUCAAAGAGCUCAAACUCCCUCCUGGAGGACUGGAUGAAGUCUUUUCCAGUCUCACUCCUUCUCCCAGGAAAGUUAUUGCCAUGUUAGAGCAUGAAACCCUCAACAAGAGAGAGAGUCAGAUCCUUGACUUCCUGAAGAAGUUCAUAAGGAACUGCACUGAACUUCGGCUGAGGAAAUUUCUCAGAUUUUGUACUGCAGGUGCAGACCUCAUAGUUGCUCAAAAGAUUCAGGUUAGAUUUACUGACCCAGAGAGCAUCUUUACAAGAAGACCAACAUCCCACACAUGUGGAUGUGUGUUGGAGGUCCCAAACAACUAUGCAUCAUACCCUGAGUUGGCAGAGGAGUUCACAAAUAUCCUUGAUGCAAACAUGUGGGUCAUGGACAUUGUUUAGCAAGUAAAAGGUUGAGGUAGGCCUGAAUCCUUUACAGUGUCUACAACAUUGUGAUCCUGAACACAAUUUUUCAUGAAGACGUGCUCCUUCUUGAGGAUUCUUCUCCUGUACCACCCACAGAUUACCGAUUUUUGCCAACAACAUAUACUGACAGAACUAAAGACUGUAAUCAUCCAAACAGCACUACUGUUUCUCUGCUGCUCAGUCUUUUCUGUUUUGAAGAGGUUAGUUAGGUUAAUUUGUCUUUUAACUGUUCAAUGUAGAGAAUUUGUCCGCAGCAACUCUGAAAAAGUGAAUGGAAGUGUGCUCUUCACAGAUAUUCCUAAUAUAACAAUCAAACAAUUUCAUUUUUCAAAAAGCAUAGUUUGAAAGGCGCUGAUUUAAAAUGUGGUUGCUUUUUUUUCCUGUUUCUUCAAUUUCCAAGUCUUAAAAGCUAAGUGGUUCAUAGAUUGUUUUGUGCUUUGAGCACAUUCCCGUUUUUAAAAAAAUCAAAAACAACUUUAAUUUACAUAACCACGUGAACAUUUUAUUGAAUUAGCAAAUCGAGUCAAAAUGUUAUCAAUACAAAUGACAUUGUUAAUUUCUUAAGGCCACAUAUUUCAGUAGAAAUACUGUUGUUUUCAAAGAUAUAUGCGUUGUAAUUGCACACUGACAAGUCUGGACAUUUGCAUGUUGUAAAAUAUUUACUUUUGGAGCUGUUUUUCUUUCCAAAGUUAAUGUUGGAGGGGCAGUUCACAGGCUAAGGGAUUUUUUUCUAAUCAUUUGCAGUCAUGUUAUUUUAAGAGCUGCAGAGGUCUGAUGAGCACUUGCCAUUGUUGAUGCUCCAAAACAAAUAAACCUUGCAUACGAAACCAAACAAUACUCAUUUAUUUUCAAAGUUUUAAACUCAAGAAACUUCCCUUAUGUAUCUAUCAGUAUACAAUGGGUGUAUAGGUUAAUACAUUGAUGUGGAUACAACUUAAACUCUUUAUAUUCAGGAUAUGACCACUUUCACACAU